CGAUGGAAUGCACUUCACGUGGGCGCGAAUGUGAGAAGGCUCUAAGGUGUCCCCUCCCGCACGUACAGAGGACAGAACCGCAGUUGACAGCCAGUGACGGUGGACGGUUCAGUGUUCCGAACUUCAGGGCUCCGUGGUCCGUGCCUCGCUGUCAGUUAUGAUUUACGGUGCCAGUGAAACGGUUCUCAGAACUUCCGUUUUUCCAAUGUUUUUUCCUAGGUUUCUGUUUAAAGAGAUGACCAUCUCGAUCGUGCGCUUAAUGGUGACGACGUUUUAAGUGUUUAUUAUUUUUUGUGUCUGCAAAAAAAAACAAAAAACCAAUUAAAUAGCAAACGAUAGUGAUAGUGAAUAGAACGUACGUUUUAGUGGGAUAGUGAUUGAAGGGUUCUGUGGAUUCGGGAUAGAAAAGUGCCACCAAUUUUGCACGGUGAGGAGUGGAAGUGUACUAAAGCUCAAGCUUGCUGUUGGCAAACGGUGCCCCGGUGAGAGGAUUGUCUUGGUUCCAGAACUGCUGGAGAAUAUCGCCCAGGAGCUGUAUUUGUGGCAUUCGUCCGAACACUGAGCAGCAGGCAUUGCGCUCGAGACAUGAUGGCGCUGAUGCAGCAGCUUACACUUUGCACGGCCCUUCUGAUGGUCGCCGCAAUCGUAAGCAACAAUGGACAGUUCCUGCCCGGACCGCGCUACAGCCUGGACAACAUGCCCAAGACGGGCUUCACCUGCCGGGACAAGAUCCUCGGCGGGUACUACGCGGACUCGGAAACGCAAUGCCAGAUGUUUCACGUGUGCGUGAAGGUGGCCGGUGUCGGUGUGCAAGAUUUCCGCUUCCUCUGUCCCAAUGGUACGGCUUUCGAUCAGGAAGCUCAGAUCUGUGCCGAUUGGGGCGAUGUCGACUGUGAGGCGGCCACACUGUACUACGGUAGUGACAACUUCGACCUCUACCGGUUGGGUUCCGGUUUCGAGAGCAAGCGGGCACCGUUCGCCGAGGAAGAGGAGGCCACCUUCCAUCUGCAGCGUGCCGAAACGAGCGAUGCUCGAAGAAGCAAGCAGUACAUUGUUAACCAGAGCUCCAAGCCACAGCAACCACCGAGCCCAAAUCAGAUCCCAAGCGUACAGAAACCGUCCUAUCCGCAGCAGCCCCAGCAAUACUUCCGUCAACCGGUGACGCCACCGACCACAACGACCACCUCCACCACGGCGAGCACCACCACGACGACGACGACCACAACGACCACCCCGUUCACCCCGGUGGAGAACAUCUUCUACAAAACGAGCCAAGCACCGACGAAGCUGCAUCAAAAGCACACGGAACACAAGCAGCACCAGCUGCUGCUGAAUCAGCAGCAGCUCCUGCAGGCCCAGCACUUCCGUCAGCUGACGGCGGCAGCAGCUACGGCCACACCUGCCGAUCGUCGCCCAGCGGGUGACGAGCUGCGCACCACAACGCCAUCCUUCACCAACAAUUUUGCACGAUCCCAGCAGCCGCAACAGCAGCCCCAACCACAGCAGCGGCAACCACAAACGCAGCAGCAUCAGCAGCAGCCGCAACAGCAGCGUUCGCCACAGCAGCAGCAGCAGCAGCAGCAGCCACAGUCCCGUCCGGCGCAGCACAACGACUUCAACAAUGAUGAGAUCUUCCGCGGAUCGCACAGCUCACACUUCUACAACAACCGCAACAAUGGUAAGGAAGACUACGAGGAGGAGCUGUACCGGAAGUCGACAACGACGCCCCGAUCGACGGCGGCGGCGACCGGAGCGAACCGUGCCUCAUCGACUCAGGCAACGUCACGGGGCCGCAAUCGUGGUCGGGGAAGUGUUCGGGCCCAUCAUCUGAAUGCGCUGCGCAAUGAGCUGAAGCCGAGCACCAGUACUACACCGGCUAGUGUGACGAAGCAACCCCAACAGCAGCAGCAGCAGCAGCAGAGACAACCAAACCAGCAGCAGUUCAAUCACCAGCAACAGUUACAACAGCAAAGACAGCAACUGCAGCAGCAGCAGCAGCAGCAACCACCACCACCUCGACAACCAUUCCAGUCACUGCAGCAGUUUCCACAACAGCAACGACAGCAGCUUCAGCCGCAACAGCAGCAGCAACCGCAACAGCAACGACAGCAGCUUCAGCCGCAACAGCAGCAGCAACCGCAACAGCAACGACAGCAAUUGCAGCAACCGCAACAGCAGCCCGCACGCCAACAAAACACCAAGCUACAAACGACGACACCCGAUGACUUUGUGGACAUUCCGAAGAUCCCGAACUUCCGGCAGCAGCCAACGACGGUACUGAAACCCCAGCAGUCUUCCGCCCAGGCACCAUCCUUCGGACAGGCCAUCGUCUCCACACCGGCUCCCUUCGCUAAGCAACCGUCCCAGCCACAAAGCCGAGGAAACACUCUGUUCUUCAACACACAGCAACAGCAGCAACAGCUUCAACAGGUCACAAGUUCCACGACCCAACCGGCUCCACAGCAGCGUUUCGGAGGCAAUCCGCCCGCCACGAACAACUUCAAGAUUACCGUCUCCUCGCCCCAGAACGAUCGUCAGCCGAGCUUCAGCCAGCCGCAGCAACAGUUUAACUUCAACGCGCAGCCACGCCAGCAGGCCCCGAUCGCGAGCACAACGUCCGCUUCGGCCCCGGUUAACAAUCCGUUCCAGUUCUUCGCUGCCCUGACGACCACGACCACCGUCCGGCCGCGCAGUACCUUCGAGAAUCGGGCAACGGAACGCUCGUUCGAUGAGGGUGCCGUGACAACGCCGCAGGAAUCGCAACGUAUCCGUCCACAGUCGCGCACGUUCAACGUCGAUCCGAACCGGCUCAAUCAGUUCAACUACAACGAGUAUCAGGGUAGUCGCACCAGUACUACCACAACGACUACCUCCACUACAACGACCACGACGCCAGUACCCCCAACAACAUUCGCUCCUUCGCAGGCGAACUUCCGACAGCGGGCACCACAGCAGAGCUCCUUCCUGAAUCCCUUCUUCAGCAACCCGUCCACGGUGGCACCCGCCAUCACGACCAUCCCGCCGGCGAUCGUGCAGAAGGCCGUCCCGAAGGAUCGCUACCAGUCGAUUCAGCGCUCCGGCAACGAAGGCCACACGCCCUCGACGGUGAAGAAGUUCUCCACGCUCGUCCCGAAGGAUCAGUACAAUCCGACCACCUUCAAACCGAACGCGAUCAGCAAGAAGGCGCUGCUCCAGUUCGUCAACCAGAAGAGUGUGAUCGGGCUCGAGAAGUCCCCGUUCACGGAUCGGGUCAGCAUUACCACCAGCACGACCAGCACCGGCACCACCACAACGGAGAAGGCGCCGGCUCCGGUGACGACUCGCUAUCCGGGCUACAUACCCACCAUUCCCCCAGUAACUUCUACCUCCACCACUACCACCACCCGUGCUCCCUUCACUACCACCACGACUGUUUCCAACGCACCACCGGCACCGAAUCGCUUCUUCCAGCCACCCGUGGCCAAGGUGUCGAACCCGCUCACCCAAUCCCCGAUCGUCGUUACCUCGGCGAAACCGGAACCAACACAGGCCGAAAUCGACGAGGACGAUGGGCAGUACCAUCCCGAACUGUACGAGAAAGACUUCUACCGGAACCGCGUCAAGGCGAAGGCACAAGCGGCGGCCGCCCUUGCCCAGGCCCGCAACACCAACGGACUGGCAUCGCUCUCCACGAGCGACGAGGAGGAAAUCUUCCGCACCGCACACUCGCAAAACAUUGCCGCGAGCGGUAACGACCUGAUACUGGAGCGGGCCCGCCAGGCAGCCGCCCGGAUCAACGAGUUCUUCUCGUCCUCCUCGGUCAAGCCAACGACAACGGCACGGAAGGAGCAGAAGGAUGGUCAGCUGGAAACGGUCACGCCGAAGGUAUCGUCCAAGCAGCACCACCACUCCAAGGACUCCUUGGGCCGGACAAAGUCGUCCCACGGGGCGAAGGGUAGCGGCAGCACCAGCAAUGCCACUCCCCGACCCUUCUCCAAGGCGCCCACGAUCCCACCGAACGCCACGAUUACGAAACGGCCGCCGGAAGAUGAUAGCUACGAUUACGCGUACUACGACACCGGCAGUCCCGAUGUGCCCGAGUACGACAUCAUCGAGGACUUUGGUCGGAAGCGGGUGUAAAACCAGAAUGAGCCGGUAGUCUUAAACGGAAGAAUGCUUGCGCGAAGUGUACAUGUGUGAGGAAGUGCACUGGAUGCGUUGCGUCCUCUGCGCGACGUGAUCCUGCUGCAUGGAGUGUCUGAGGAAUUAGUUGUAUGCGGGAGAAGUAGCCGCGUGUGAGCGUGAGUGAAUGGGAUGAAUGAAUGAGUUAGUUUUUUGGGUUUGUAUUGUUUUGCUUGUAAGUACCGCGGCGAUGGUUACCAGACGCAUCAGUCUGGCGCUUCUUCUGACCCGCGUCCCAUACGUCGAAGUCAACGCAGAAGUUGCGGGGAAGCGCAACAACGUCGGGAUGAUGUCGCUGCGAAUAUAAAACGCUACACAUAAUAAUGAUAAUAUACUGCCAUUAGCGUUAACAAUCAUACACACACACACACAUUCAAACACACAAACAUACAUACACAAUC